CACACACACCCACGCACACGUGCCCUCCCCCUUGCAUCAUCAUCAUCGUCGUCGUUGUCUUCAUCAUAACACGGAAGCGGUGAACACAACAGGCAGCUGCAGGCAGACAGGAGGAAGACAACGCAGGUGAAAGCAGUCUACUGCAGCUGUGCCGUGAAGAAACUAAAGGCCACGUGGACAGACAGAGAGCACGAGCCGACAUGGCGCUGAUCCCCUCGCAGGUCCUCCGAGCCGCCAUCCUAUUAUCUUACUUCUCCAUCCUCUGCCACUACAAGGCUCUGGACAUGCCGGCGCACCAGACCUACGGAGGCAGCUGGAAGUUCCUGACCUUCAUCGAUCUGGUGAUCCAGGCCACGUUUUUCGGGUUGUGUGUCUUAAUUGAUGUGUCUAGUCUGCUCACCAAUGGGGGGGACAGCAGGGAGCAGGAGCGGCAGCACAGGAAGCUGAUUGGCCUAAGGGACUGGAUCAUGGCUGUCCUGGCCUUUCCUGUUGGAGCAUUUGUGGUGUUCACCUUCUGGACUUUGUACCUGUACGACAGGGAGCUGGUUUACCCCAAAUUGCUUGAUAAUUUCAUUCCUCAGUGGCUCAACCACGGCAUGCAUACCACCGUUCUGCCUUUUGUUAUCAUCGAGAUGAGGACGACUCACCACAAGUAUCCCAGAAGGCUGUGGGGUCUGGUGGCAGUAUGUGUCUUCAGCAUGGCCUACAUCAGCUGGACCUGCUGGGUGCACCAUGUGACUGGUGUGUGGGUGUACCCAGUUCUGGAGCGCGUCUCCUCCAUUGCUCGAGCUGCUUUCUUCGGGACCAUGACACUAUUGAUCUUCAUUCUCUACGUCCUGGGGGAGAUCCUCAACAGCUACAUUUGGGAACAGCCACAAAAAGAAAAGGUUAAAGAUGAGUGAAGCCUCCCCGAAAGCAACAAAGGAAGACAAGUUUCGCCCACUCGGGACUGCAAGAACAAAGCCAAAUGUGCAAGAUGUUUAUAAUCCAAAAAACUAAAACAGAAAAAGAACUGUUUUUUUCUCCAGGAGUCUCUGCAUCAACAUAAAUACAUGUUGUAAGCGCAUAAAUACAAUGGGGAAAAAAUA